AUGACUACCUCCACCUCAUCAUCUGGUGAUGCCCAUCAACAAGCAAUUGCCGAAAACAAACGCGCAUUUGAUGAAGCGUUUGCUCAAAAGUAUGAGAAACGAGAAUCGCAAAUCUUGCUCAGUUAUCUAUUUGUUAAACAUAUGUUGGAGUUUGAUUUAAGUGUGCCUGUCAAGAGGAAGAGCUUGGAGGAGUCAGAGCCAGUACUAGGCGAUGCUCAUUUACCAUUGAAUGGAUUUACCAAGGAGAACACAUUGCCUGAUGUCGAUACUUAUUUGGACAAGUUCACCAAUUCAAUCUUUCGCCCUGGUAUGAAAAUUUUGGAUUUUGCUUGUGGGACAGGAAUGGUUACUGAGUUAUUAGUACCUUAUCUUACAAAUAAAAGUGGCGAUGAUGUCAAGAGUGAGAUUGUUGGUAUUGAUAUUGGAACUACAUUUUUGAAAUACUUUAACCAAAGAGCCUCUAAGUUGAGUAAUGAUAAGGUGUCAAUGAAAUCAUACGAGUACGAUGUUCUUGAUUCAAAUAUACAACCAGAAUUGACUAAGUUCAACAAUUACUUUGAUUGCAUCUUUUCCACAAUCUCCUACCAUCAUAUUCACAAUUAUCAGCAAGUUACCAAAAAAUUGGCGGAGUACUUGAGACCUGGUGGAUGGAUGUUUAUUAUUGAUUUUUAUAAUGAAGACGUUGAAGAAAUUGAUGCAUUGUCCAAUGAGAAUAGAGACAUAGCUCAUGGUGUGCAACACAUGGGUGGAUUGAAAAUUGACAAGUUGAAUCAUACAUUGGGUGACUUGGCGGGGUUAAUCAAUGUCUCCAGUGCAAGAGAGUUUCGCACAUAUUUAUGGCAACCCAAAGAGUUUAUAUUGAAUCAUUCGAAACAAUCAAUGGUUGAUAAAAUGAAUGCUGGUGAGUUGGAACAAAAGGAUAUUGAUGGAGAAGUAAAUUAUUUGAUUGAAACUAGUUUGAUUUAUGCAAUUGGACAAAAACCGGAAAAGAAGUAA